AUGGUGGUAGCGCUGACAACAGCAAAUCCACGGGAUUGGCGGACAGUUGGCUGUCUGAAGGAGAGCUCUUGCUGCAGGUCAGUGCUAAAGGCAUGUGGAAUCUUCUAAAAUAAAAGAAGACAAAAACAGACUGUCUUUGCUGUUGGUAAUUACAAGGCUUAAUAUCCAGUGAUGAAGUGUUGGAUAUACCCCAUAACUCGCUGGCCCCACUGUCUUUAAUACAAAAUGUAACAGCUUGUUUGUAGCUCCGGUUAUCAAUUCCCAUAAUACACCAUAAUACUCCCAUCAUUUUGUCAUACUAGAAUUCAUUCUCAUUUCAUUUAGUUUACGACUUCAUCACAAUUUCUACGGAGCUAUUUUCAUUUUGUUUCUCUGUAUGUGUGAUUGAGUGGAGAGUGAGCUAGUUGGCUGCCAAAUCUCUUUUGGAUAAGCUAGAGUCAUUGAUUUUCCAGUCCAGUUCCCCUGUAUGUGCAGCACAGUGGAAUUCCAGAGCAGCACAGAGGAAACAGUCUGCCAGACAUCCCUGCCCUAUGAGCGAAGUUUCAUUAUUAUGAUAAACCUACAUCUCUCCCAAUGUGUUGGUAAUGAAGCAUGAAAGCUCAUUCUGGGGAGGAGGAAAUCUUUUAUUCAGAUUGAGAUAACAGCCACAGGACAUUUUAAGAGACAGAGAGGCAGGACGAAAAGGCGAGGUUAAGGGAAGAAGUGGAGAAGGAAAGCGGUGAAGAGGGCUAUUUCUGACCAUGUCUGAUUUCUCUCUUCUUCUUCUUUGUGGUUCAAUGUCAGACACUUAAAAGUGAAUUAUAGAGGAGCUGUGAGGUCAUUAUUUACAGCAGGAGAAGAAGAAGAAAAGAGAGGAAAAACAGAUGAAUUGAGUUUUCACCCUUCACAGACCCAGGACAGCCUGAUUUCACCCUUCACAGACCUAGGACAGCCUGUUUUCACCCUUCACUGACCUAGGACAGCCUGUUUUCACCCUUCACAGACUUAGGACAGCCUGUUUUCACUCUCACAGACCUAGGAAAGCCGGUUUUCACCCUUCACUGACCUAGGACAGCUGUUUCACCCUUCACUGACCUAGGACAGCCUGUUUUCACCCUUCACAGACCUAGGACAGCCUGUUUUCACUCUUCACAGACCUAGGACAGCCUGUUUUCACCCUUCACAGACCUAGGACAAAUUGUUUUCACCCUUCACAGACCUAGGACAGAUUGUUUUCACCCUUCACAGACCGAGGACAGCCUUUUUUCACCCUUCACAGACCUAGGACAGCCUGUUUUCACCCUUCACAGACCUAGGACAGCCUGUUUUCACCCUUCACAGACCUAGGACAAAUUGUUUUCACCCUUCACAGACCUAGGACAGAUUGUUUUCACCCUUCACAGACCUAGGACAGCCUUUUUCCCCUUCACAGACCUAGGACAGCCUGUUUUCACCUUUCACAGACCUAGGACAGCCUGUUUUCACCCUUCACAGACCUAGGACAACCUGUUUUCACCCUUCACAGACCUAGGACAGCCUGUUUUCACCCUUCACAGACCUAGGACAGCCUGUUUUUUCACCCUUCACAGACCUAGGACAGCCUGUUUUCACUCUUCACAGACCUAGGACAGCCUGUUUUCACCCUUCACAGACCUAGGACAGCCUGUUUUCACUCUUCACAGACCUAGGACAGCCUGUUUUUUUCACCCUUCACAGACCUAGGACAGCCUGUUUUCACUCUUCACAGACCUAGGACAGCCUGUUUUCACCCUUCACAGACCUAGGACAGCCUGUUUUCACUCUUCACUGACCUAGGACAGCCUGCUUUCACCCUUCACAGACCUAGGACAGCCUGUUUUCACCCUUCACAGACCUAGGACAGCCUGUUUUCACUCUUCACAGACCUAGGACAGCCUGUUUUCACCCUUCACAGACCUAGGACAGCCUGUUUUCACUUUUCACAGACCUAGGACAGCCUGUUUUUUCACCCUUCACAGACCUAGGACAGCCUGUUUUCACUCUUCACAGACCUAUGACAGCCUGUUUUCACCCUUCACAGACCUAGGACAGCCUGUUUUCACUCUUCACAGACCUAGGACAGCCUGUUUUCACCCUUCACAGACCUAGGACAGCCUGUUUUCACCCUUCACAGACCUAGGACAGCCUGUUUUCACCCGUUUCACUGACCUAGGACAGCCUGUUUUCACCCUUCACAGACCUAGGACAGCCUGUUUUCACCCUUCACAGACCUAGGACAGCCUGUUUUCACCCUUCACAGACCUAGGACAGCCUGUUUUCACCCUUCACAGACCUAGGAUAGCCUGUUUUCACCCUUCACAGACCUAGGACAGCCUGUUUUCACCCUUCACAGACCUAGGACAGCCUGUUUUCACCCGUUCACUGACCUAGGACAGCCUGUUUUCACCCUUCACAGACCUAGGACAGCCUGUUUUCACCCUUCACAGACUUAGGAUAGCCUGUUUUCACCCUUCACAGACCUAGGACAGCCUGUUUUCACCCUUCACUGUCAUUGUUGAAAAUAGACUCAGACCUAGGACAGCCUGUUUUCAACCUCUUAUACUCAAAGUAGUCCCACAGAAGCCUGACACCCCCGCCAUGUAGGAAUGUACCCUAACACCCCCGCCAUGUGGGAAUGUAGCCUGACACCCCUGCCAUGUGGGAAUGUAGCCUGACACCCCUGCCAUGUAGGAAUGUAGCCUGACACCCCUGCCAUGUGGGAAUGUAGCCUGACACCCCUGACAUGUGGGAAUGUAGCCUGACACCCCUGCCAUGUAGGAAUGUAGCCUGACACCCCGCCAUGUAGGAAUGUAGCCUGACACCCCCGCCAUGUAGGAAUGUAGCCUGACAUCCCCGCCUUGUGGGAAUGUAGCCUGACACCCCCGCCAUGUGGGAAUGUAGCCUGACACCCCCGCCUUGUGGGAAUGUAGCCUGACACCCCCGCCUUGUGGGAAAGUAGACAGAUCCUUUAAGUGUUGGUACUGUACCAGCAUGCAAAAAUGCAGAGCCAUUGGGAUGUGGUUUAUUUUCUGUUCAACCACGAAGUCUACAAUCUAGUUUGAACACAUUGUGGUUCUCUGAUGGCAAGAGUUCUACUGUGUUCAUAUGGAGUCUGCCACUAGGGGCUUGUUACAUUUAUUUCACUUCACUAAUUUGUAGUUGCUGAAUGCCUGGUACAUUAAACCCUGGAAGUUGGCUAUUUAUUUGCAAGAUGGAGUACAAACCAUCCAAGCUGACAUGAUGGUGUUUAGGUUUCCCUGGACUGGACUGCUUACACACACAGAGGAUAUGCUGCAGAUAAUUGGGGUGAAUCAUUUAUUGUUAGUGAAAGAGCAACAUGACAUCACCAUGCCUUAGUCAUGGUUCAGCCCCUGAGAAAACUGAUGGGACAUUCUGUGGAUGCACCCAUUGCACUGUGAGUGUAUUAGUGUGGACGUCUGUGUGUGUGUGGCCAGGGGUUUUGUGUGUGUUAGCAAAUCAGGUGAUGGACGAACAUGCUAAUGUCUGUUUUGUUUGAAUAAGGUAGAUAUGGUUGUAUGCCUGUUUGUGCAUUUGUUUACAAAAUGUUUUUGUGUACGAGGGAGUGGGAGUGUGUUUAGUGAGGUGGAAACAUGGGAACAGCUGUUCCCGUUUGGGAUAAAACAAAUGAGUGACUAAUCCAUCUAUCUGUUAUUCCUGACAUUAUUGGUUUAUCUCUCCAGUUCAGAACAAACCCAUCUUGCAUGUAGCACACUGACAACACCUCAUCCACUCUGGGGUGCAGAGUCCACCAAUCUCACUGUAGGAGACCUCACAACCACUACACUCACAAUUUUUCUUAAGUAAUCAAAAAACAUUGUCUCGUUAAGCAAAAUUCUGUAAAUUUAAAACAUAUCUAAGUCCGUAUGCGAUGCAUGUUGGAACAGAACCCGGAGAUAUGAAAAGACUAAGGAAGGACUAAGAACCAGACAAGGCACCAGGAUAAAGUGACUAAGGGGGCAGUUGAAAUCGGUUCUUGCAUUGGAAUUAUAUUGAAUUCUGCUUAUAUCACAAUAAACAUAAAGUUCAAAUGCCCAGACUCCGAGACCAUCGGUUGAGUGCUUUUGAAGUGACAGGUUGGAGCGAAAUCUGUAUCAGCACAAUGAACAGCGCCCUACACACUAAAGCCAGGCCGUUUUGGUAAUGAAUAUAGGCUACAGGAUAGAUAGGGUAAUUCACCUAUUACAAACUGCCUAUGUGAAUGCAGCCAGACACACAGCUGUCUCACCAAAAUAAUGCAAACUAAAUGCUGAAAGUAGUAGCCUAGUUAUUCAUGCAUUCAAACAAAAAUACUGAAUAGCAGUUUGGCUUAGAAUACCGACACAACUGCGAAUGCGAACGAAUGAAUGCGAACAGAACAAACCAGCGGUAAUAAGUAGUAGGCCUAGUCAACAAAAUAUCAGAUUGAUAAAGGAAUGACACUAUCUAUAUUUAGGCUAGUUACAUUAACAGUUAACAAAAGGUGAAUGGAGAUCCAGAUAACCAAAACAUAGCCUACUACAGUGAGAUGCAGCCAUGCACAGCUGUCUUGACAAACAAAUAGGCCUAUAGGCCCACUUUCAACAUGGAAAACCAUACCGCUCAUGAGUUCAGCAACACGUAGUGAUAUGGCACAAUACACUUCUGUGGAUCAAAUUUGACUCAUGUAAUCAAUUAAGGAAUGCCAGCCUACCAUAAACCGCGUUUCCAAUACGUACAGUUCUGUUUACAGCAACAAAAACCAACAUGCUACCAAGAAAACCAUAAUAUAAUGUAUUUAUUUCUAUGAUGAAACAUACCGAUAUAUAGCUAUACCAUGGGGCGUCAUUUGGGUUCUUGCAUUGGAAUUAUAUUGAAUUCUGCAGUAACCGAGUAUUCCAGCCACUCUCUUCCUAUGAACCAUUUGCUAUUAGAUGAACGUUUUUGGACAGAGAACCUGCGGCUAGGGUAGGAUUCUAGGCUAACCUGGGCUGGCUCCUCUGUUCCAAGAUUGUCAGGAACAAUCGGAGGUGGAGCAGGCUGUGGAGCCAUUAUCCUUGUGGAAGGGUGGGUAGGCUCUGCACGCAGAACUAGCUGGAGCUCGGCAGCGUCAUUGCUUGGCAGCAUCAUCGCAUGGCAGCAUCAUCGCAUGGGGUGGCGGCGGCGGCCUCGGUGGAUUGAUGCUGCUGCUGCUGCUCAUCACUCUCCUUCUCCUUUGUUUGGGUACUUUGGCGAAGCCAAUUUCUUAUAUCCAUUGUGGCAGUGGGAGAUUAGCUGGUUCGAGCUAGCUAAAUAGGCUAAGGCUAAUAACACUAACGCUUUUUACAGCUAGCUAAGAAGCUAACUAAACUCUGAUGGUGGGGCAUGAGGCAUAGUUGAGUGAAGCAGCUUCAAUGGUAAACUUGACCCCGCCCUUAUAAAUAAAUCUAAUAUUACAGGCGGAGGCAUAACACGUUAUUCACUGAGCCUACCACAGAUGGAAACCCAAAGGAGUCGUAUCUAACUGCCCAGUGGCUUUCCAUAGUCCCCCUACAAACACCGCGACACGAUCUGUCCAUUGUGCUGACACAGCGCAGCGGAGAUACAGAUUUUGCGCCAACCUGUCACUCAAUCAUUUGACAUUUUUUGCUAUUUUCAUAUAGGUAUAUAAAACUAAAACUGAAGGGACACAAGUUUCAACUGAGGGGGCUGAGCCCCCUUUGCCCCCUCGUGGAACCGGGGCCUGCUAAGAAAGGAAGGGCUAAGCCCAAUGGAAGGACUAAGCCCAAUGGAAAGACUAAGCCCAAUGGAAAGACUAAGCCCAAUGGAAGGACUAAGCCUAAUGGAAAGACUAAGCCCAAUGGAAAGACUAAGCCUAAUGGAAAGACUAAGCCCAAUGGAAAGACUAAGCCCAAUGGAAAGACUAAGCCCAAUGGAAAGACUAAGCCUAACCGAAGUGUAUUAUUUCCCCCCUUUAUUUUGACAGGGAGUCAUGCUGAGACCAUGGUCUCUUUUACAGAUGAGCCCUGUAUACACAUCAAUACACGAAAAGCAAAACACAAUCAUAGAAAACAAACAAAUUCUUCACUAAAAAGGUCCUCAAUCGGCCUUUUGAAUUGCCCUAGAGGCACCAUCAUCCAAUUUUACAGAGCCUUGGAGAUUAUUCCACAAGUAAGGUGCAAACAUACUAAAAGCUGAUUUUUACCUGACUCAUUAGUUAGUAGCAUUGUGUUGUCUAACAAUCUUUUCUUAUCUUGUGCAUGUUUGACAAACAGGCUCUGAAUGGCUUCGUCCUGGUGGUCACUAAUGAUGGGACCAUGUUUUACUCCUCUCACACCAUCCAGGAUUACCUGGGCUUCCACCAGGUACCGUACAGAUUGUCCCUCCUCCCUUUCCGUACCCCAGUGAAGGUUAUAUCCCUAAAGCAUGACCAGAGUGUUCUGUGCCUCAGCUCAUUCAUAAUAGACAAGCAGGCAUCUGGUGAGGCAGCUGGAUCGUCUUUGGGGUCUUGGCUGACUAAUAGCAUUAAUUCUACUGCUGGGUCAGCCUGGUGCAGCAUUAGCAUGCAUGUUUGCAAACGUUAAAGCAUAAUCCUCCAUUGACACAUGGUCAUCUCUGCUUGAGGUUUUUAUAAUUCAUUGCAUGCAAUACAAACAUAGAAUGAUACCCUGUAGAGCUGUAGAGGUUGUCCCUGUCGAGACAGAUGCCUAUGGCAUCAAAUAAUUGGUUUUCUCUUGCUAAAUAGAUUUGAUCUCAAUGAGACUAACCUGUAUAAACAUGAUUAAAUGAAAAUAGUAUUCAUUGGCGUUACGGUUGGGUUUGGGGGUUGCGUGCGGUGUCUGCUGCGAUCUGUCGGGGGCCGUUGUCUGGGCCCUACCUGCUCGGUGAGGAGUCUGAUUCUGCUCAGCAGGUCCACAGAGAGAGACUGGGAGAGAAUAGUCUAUUAAUAGCAUGGCCUUUAGUGGAAAGGGACCACCAGCCGUGGUAGUGGGCAGUGGGCAGCAGCCCUAGCCAGCACGACAGCAUCACAUACACUGCAGAGAUGGAUGGGAGUAUACUGAAGGAGUGACAUUAUGGGAACAUCACUAUACUGAAGGAGUGACAUUAUUGGAACAUCACUAUAGUGAAGGAGUGACAUUUUGGGAACAUCACUAUAGUGAAGGAAUGACGUUAUGGGAACAUCACUAUACUGAAGGAGUGACAUUAUGGGAACAUCACUAUACUGAAGGAGUGACAUUAUGGGAACAUCACUAUACUGAAGGAGUGACAUUAUUGGAACAUCACUAUAGUGAAGGAGUGACAUUAUGGGAACAUCACUAUACUGAAGGAGUGACAUUAUGGGAACAUCACUAUACUGAAGGAGUGAAGUUAUAGGAACAUCACUAUACUGAUGGAGUGACGUUAUGGAACAUCACUAUACUGAAGGAGUGACGUUAUGGGACAUUCACUAUACUGAAGGAGUGACAUUAUUGUUCCAAUAAUGUCACUCCUUCACUAUAGUGAUGUUCCCAUAAUGUCACUCCUUCACUAUAGUGAUGUUCCAAUAAUGUCACUCCUUCACUAUAGCGAUGUUCCCAUAAUGUCACUCCUUCAGUAUAGUGAUGUUCCCAUAAUGUCACUCCUUCAGUAUAGUGAUGUUCCCAUAAUGUCACUCCUUCACUAUAGUGAUGUUCCCAUAACGUCACUCCUUCACUAUAGCAGUGUUCCAAUAACGUCACUCCUUCACCGUAGCAAUGUUCCCAUAAUGUCACUCCUUCAGUAUAGUGAUGUUCCCAUAACGUCACUCCUUCACUAUAUUGAUGUUCCCAAAUACGACACUCCUUCAGUAUAGUGAUGUUCCAAUAACGUCACUCCUUCAGUAUAGUGAUGUUCCAAUAAUGUCACUCCUUCACUAUAGCGAUGUUCCCAUAAUGUCACUCCUUCACUAUAGUGAUGUUCCAAUAAUGUCACUCCUUCACUAUAGCGAUGUUCCCAUAAUGUCACUCCUUCAGUAUAGUGAUGUUCCCAUAAUGUCACUCCUUCAGUAUAGUGAUGUUCCCAUAAUGUCACUCCUUCACUAUAGUGAUGUUCCCAUAACGUCACUCCUUCACUAUAGCAGUGUUCCAAUAACGUCACUCCUUCACCAUAGCAAUGUUCCCAUAAUGUCACUCCUUCAGUAUAGUGAUGUUCCCAUAACGUCACUCCUUCACUAUAGUGAUGUUCCCAAAUACGACACUCCUUCAGUAUAGUGAUGUUCCAAUAACGUCACUCCUUCAGUAUAGUGAUGUUCCCAUAAUGUCACUCCUUCACUAUAGCGAUGUUCCCAUAACGUCACUCUUUCAGUAUACUGUGCAUUCGGAAAGUAUUCAGACCCCUUGACUUUUUCCACAUUUUGUUAUGUUACAGCCUUAUUCUAAAACGGAUUAAGUUGUUUUUUUCCCUUAUCAAUCGACACACAAUACCCCAUAAUGACAAAGCAAAAACAGGUUUUAGACAUUUGUACAAAUUUACUCAGUACUUUGUUGAAGCACCUUAGGCAGCGAUUACAGUCUUCUUGGGUAUGACGCUACAAGCUUGGCACACCUGUAUUUGGGGAGUUUCUCCCAUUCUUCUCUGCAGAUUUUCAGGUCUCUCCAGAGAUGUUAGAUCGGGUUCAAGUCCGGGCUCUGGCUGGGCCACUCAAGGACAUUCAGACUUGUCCUGAAGCCACUCCAGCGUUGUCUUGGCUGUGUGCUUAGGGUUGUUGUCCUGUUGGAAGGUGAACCUUCGCCCCAGUCUGAGGUCCUGAGCGCUUUGGAGCAGGUUUUCAUCAAGGAUCUCUCUGUACUUUGCUCCGUUCAUCUUUCCCUCGAUCCUGACUAGUCUCCCAGUCCCUGCCGCUGAAAAACAUCCCCACAGCAUGAUGCUGCCACAACCAUGCUUCACCGUAGGGAUGGUGCCAGGUUUCCUCCAGACAUGAUGCUUGACAUUUAGGCCAAAGAGUUCAAUCUUGGUUUCGUCAGACCAGAGAAUCUGGUUUCUCAUGGUCUGAAAGUCCUUCAGGUACCUUUUGGAAAACUCCAAGCGGGCUGUCAUGUGCCUUUUACUGAGGAGGGGCUUCCGUCUGGCCACUUUACCAUAAAGGCCUGAUUGGUGGAGUGCUGCAAAGAUGGUUGUCCUUCUGGAAGGUUCUUCCAUCUCCACAGAGGAACUCUGGAGCUCUGUCAGAGUGGCCAUUGGGUUCUUGGUCACCUCCCUGACCAAGGCCCUUCUCCCCCGGUUGCUCAGUUUGGCCGGCCGGCCAGCUCUAGGAAGAGUGUUGGGGUUUCCAAACUUCUUCCAUUUAAGAAUGAUGGAGGCCACUGUGUUCUUGGGACCUUCAAUGCUGCAGACAUCUUUUAGUACCCUUGCCCAGAUCUGUGCCUCAACACAAUCCUGUCUCGGAGCUCUACGGACAAGUCCUUCAACCUCAUGGCUUAGUUUUUGCUCUGACAUGCACUGUCAACUGUGGGACCUUGCAACGGUACCCCCCUGUAUAUAUAGCCUCCCUACUGUCACUUUAUUCUAUUGUAUAUAUAGCCUCCCUACUGUCACUUUAUUUUUUACUUCUGCUCUUUUUUUCUCAACACUUUUUUGUUGUUGUUUUAUUCUUACUUUUUUGUUUAAAAUAAAUGCACUGUUGGUUAAGGGCUGUAAGUAAGCAUUUCACUGUAAUGUCUGCACCUGUUGUAUUCGGCGCAUGUGACCAAUAAAUUUGAUUUGAUUUAUAUAGACAGGUGUGUGCCUUUCCAAAUCAUGUCCAAUCAAUUGCAUUUAUCACAGGUGGACUCCAUUCAAGUUGUAGAAACAUCUCAAGGAUGAUCAAUGGAAACAGGAUGGACCUGAGCUCAAUUUCUAGUCUCAUAGGAAACGGUCUGAAUGCUUAUGUAAAUAAGAUAUUAUUAUUUUUAUUUUUUUCUAAAAACCUGUUUUUCGCAUUGUCAUUAUGGGUUUAUUGUGUGUAGAUAGAUAAGGGGAAAAAAUAUUGAAUCCAUUUCAAGUCUGUAACGUAGCAAAAUGUGGAAAAAGUCGAGGGGUCUGAAUUCUUUCUGAAUGCACUGUAGCAGUAUAGUGUCUGAAGUUCCCAUAAUAUCAUUUGCAUAAGGAUGCCCUCUAUCAUUUAGAUGUUGUUUGUGUCUGUAUUGUGCAUGCUUUCCAUAAUCUUUAUUUUAACGACCUACAUAUGAUUGAUAUUUUCCAUAAUCUUUAUUUUGUUUGUCUCUAUAUAAUCUAACAUAAUCCUUCCCUUCCCUGCCAGGACCCAGCGCGCGCGCGCGCUCGCUCUUCCCUACAACCCUCUCCGCGCCGAACCACGCCGCCGCGCGCGCCCCCGAACCCCGCCUUCCCCCGCCACACCCCGCCCCUCCCGACCGCCCUCUCUCUGCCUCCCCCUCGCUAUAGCCCGCUCCGCUACCUCGCACCCGCCGCGCCCUACCGCCCUCCGCUCCUGAGGCUCCCUACAGCACCCUCCGCCUCUCCCCCCACCUCCCGCCCUCCCGCCCUCUCCGCCCACCUACCCCCCGCCUCUUCUCGACCUCACAGCCCUCGCCCGCCUCUCUCACCCCGCUCUCCACCCUCACUCCUCUCUCUCCCUCCGAACCCUCCCUCCCUCUCUCUCUCCUCCCUACCCUCCAUCCCCCCUCUCGCCCUCCCCUACACCCUCUCUCUCAUCUCUUCCCCCUCCUCUCUCUCUCUCUCCUUACCUCCCUUCUCGAUUCUCCUUACCUCCCUCCCUCCCUCCCUCUCUUUCCUUCCUCAGACUGAUAUUAUGCACCAGAGUGUGUAUGAGCUGGUCCACACUGAGGACCAGCAGGAGCUGAGGAGGAACCUUCACUGGGCCCUCAGCCCACCUGCCGUCGUGGGAGAGUCCUCCUCAGGUGACUUCCUACCUCCAUGUUAGACCCUGAAACACCACCUCCAUGUUAGACCCUGAAACACCACCUCCAUGAUAGACCCUGAAACACCACCUCCAUGUUAGACCCUGAAACACCACCUCCGUGUUAGACCCUGAAACACCACCUCCGUGUUAGACCCUGAAACACCACCUCCAUGUUAGACCCUGAAACACCACCUCCAUGUUAGACCCUGAAACACCACCUCCAUGUUAGACCCUGAAACACCACCUCCAUGUUAGACCCUGAAACACCACCUCCAUGUUAGACCCUGAAACACCACCUCCAUGUUAGACCCUGAAACACCACCUCCUUGUUAGACCCUGAAACACCACCUCCAUGUUAGACCCUGAAACACCACCUCCAUGUUAGACCCUGAAACACCACCUCCAUGUUAGACCCUGAAACACCACCUCCAUCAAUUAAAAAACAUUAAUGGAGAUUCAAACAUAGAAAUUAAUGAAGAACUUUCAAUAGCAUUUCCUAUGAAUACCCUCUGCAUAAUGCAUUACAAAUGCAGUUAUAAUACCUUAUGCGUAAUGCAUGAAAUAAGUAUAUAAUAACUCAUUAGUAUUAUUAUGCAUUAUAUAAACAUCCAGAACUAAUAACUGCACAUAAACAUCUAUAACCUUUACAACACUAAAUCCGUAAACAUGGGCACCCUCAUAGAUAUCAUCCUGACUAAUUUAACCUCUAAAUACACCUCCGCUGUCUUCAACCAGGAUCUCAGCGAUCACUGCCUCAUUGUUUGCGUCCGUAAUGGGUCCGUGGUCAAACGAACACCCCUCAUCACUGUCAAACGCUCCCUAAAACACUUUAGCGAGCAGGCCUUUUUAAUUGACCUGGCCCGGGUAUCCUUUUUUUUUUUUUUUUUUUUUUUUUUUUACCUUUAUUUAACCAGGUAAGCCAGUUGAGAACAAGUUCUCAUUUACAACUGCGACCUGGCCAAGAUAAAGCAAAGCAGUGCGAUAAAAACAACAACACAGAGUUACAUAUGGGGUAAAAAAAAACAUAAGGUCAUAAAAUACAACAGAAAAUAUAUAUACAGUGUGUGCAAAUGUAGCAAGUUAUGGAGGUUAGGCAAUAAAUAGGCUAUAGUGCAAAAUAAUUACAAUUAGUAUUAACACUGGAAUGCUAGAUGUGCAAGAGAUGAUGUGCAAAUACAGAUACUGGGGUGCAAAAGAGCAAAAUAAAUAACAAUAUAGGGAUGAGGUAGUUGGGUGGGCUAAUUACAGAUGGGCUGUGUACAGGUGCAGUGAUCGGUAAGGUGCUCUGACAACUGAUGCUUAAAGUUAGUGAGGGAGAUAAGAGUCUCCAGCUUCAGAGAUUUUUGCAAUUCGUUCCAGUCAUUGGCAGCAGAGAAUUGGAAGGAAUGGCGGCCAAAGGAGGUGUUGGCUUUGGGAAUGACCAGUGAGAUAUACCUGCUGGAGCGCAGACUACGGGUGGGUGCUGCUAUGGUGACCAAUGAGCUAAGAUAAGGCGGGGAUUUGCCUAGCAGUGAUUUAUAGAUGGCCUGGAGCCAGUGGGUUUGACGACGAACAUGUAGUGAGGACCAGCCAACAAGAGCGUACAGGUCACAGUGGUGGGUAGUGUAUGGGGCUUUGGAGACAAAACGGAUGGCACUGUGAUAGACUACAUCCAAUUUGCUGAGUAGAAUGUUGGAGGCUAUUUUGUAAAUGACAUCGCCGAAGUCAAGGAUCGGUAGGAUAGUCAGUUUUACGAGGGCAUGUUUGGCAGCAUGAGUGAAGGAGGCUUUGUUGCGAAAUAGGAAGCCGAUUCUAGAUUUAACUUUGGAUUGGAGAUUCUUAAUGUGAGUCUGGAAGGAGAGUUUACAGUCUAACCAGACACCUAGGUAUUUGUAGUUGUCCACAUACUCUAGGUCAGACCCGUCGAGAGUGGUGAUUCUAGUCGGGUGGGCGGGUGCCAGCAGCGUUCGAUUGAAGAGCAUGCAUUUAGUUUUACUAGUGUUUAAGAGCAGUUGGAGGCUACUGAAGGAGUGUUGUAUGGCAUUGAAGCUCGUUUGGAGGUUUGUUAACACAGUGUCCAAUGAAGGGCCAGAUGUAUACAAAAUGGUGUCGUCUGCGUAGAGGUGGAUCUGAGAGUCACCAGCAGCAAGAGCGACAUCAUUGAUAUACACGGUGAAAAGAGUCGGCCCAAGAAUUGAACCCUGUGGCACCCCCAUAGAGACUGCCAUAGGUCCAGACAACAGGCCCUCCGAUUUCACACAUUGAACUCUAUCUGAGAAGUAGAUGCCUGGUUGUUCUUUGUGCUUUCCUCUCCAUCUUAAAUAAGCAUGCCCCAUUCAAAAAAUUCAGAACUAAGAACAGAUAUAGCCCCUGGUUCACCCCAGACUUGACUGCCCUUGACCAGCACAAAAACAUCCUGUGGCAUACUGCAUUAGCAUCAAACAGCCCCCGCGAUAUGCAACUUUUUAGGGAAGUCAGGAACCAAUAUACACAAUCAGUUAGGAAAGCAAAGGCUAGCUUUUUCAAACAGAAAAGUCCAAAAGGUUUUGGGACACUGUAAAGUCCACGGAGAGUAAGAGCACCUCCUCCCAGCUGCCCAAUGCACUGAGGCUAGGAAACACUAUCACCACCGAUAAAUCUACGAUAAACGAGGAUUUCAACAAGCAUUUUGCUAUGGCUGGCCAUGCUUUCCACCUGGCUACCCCUACCGCGGCCAGCAGCUCUGCACCCUCCGCUGCAACUUGCCCAUGCCACCCCCCCCCGGCUUCUCCUUCAGCCAAAUUCAGACAGCUGAUGUUCUGAAAGAGCUGCAAAAUCUGGACCUCUACAAAUCAGCUGGGCUAGACAAUCUGGACCCUUUCUUUCUAAAAUUAGCCGCCGAAAUUGUUGCAACCCCUAUUACUGGCCUGUUCAACCUCUCUUUCGUAUCGUCUGAGAUCCCCAGAGAUUGGAAAGCUGCCACGAUCAUCCCCCUCUUCAAAGGGGGUGACACUCUAGAUACAAACUGUUACAGACCUAUAUCCAUCCUGCCCUGCCUUUCGAAAGUAUUUGAAAGCCAAGUGAACAAACAGAUCACCGACCAUUUCGAAUCCCACCGUACCUUCUCCGCUACGCAAUCUGGUUUCCGAGCUGGUCAAAGGUCCACCUCAGCCACACUCAAGGUCCUAAACGAUAUUAUAACCGCAAUCGAUAAAAGACAGUACUGUGCAGCCAUCUUCAUUGACCUGGCCAAGGCUUUCAACUCUGUCAAUCACCGCAUUAUUAUUGGCAGACUAAAUAGCCUUGGUUUCUCAAAUGACUGCCUCGCCUGGUUCGCCAACUACUUCUCAGAUAGAGUUCAAUGUGUCAAAUCGGAGGGCCUGUUAUCUGGACCUCUGGCAGUCUCUAUGGGGGUGCCACAGGGUUCAAUUUUCGGGCCGACUCUAUUCUCUGUGUAUAUCAAUGAUGUCGCUCUUGCUGCUGGUGGCUCUCAGAUCCACCUCUACGCAGACGACACCAUUUUGUAUACAUCUGGCCCUUCAUUGGACACUGUGUUAACAAACCUCCAAACGAGCUUCAAUGCCAUACAACACUCUUUCAGUAGCCUCCAACUGCUCUUAAACACUAGUGAAACUAAAUGCAUGCUCUUCAAUCGAAUGCUGCGUGCACCCGCCCGCCCGACUAGAAUCACUACUCUCGGCGGGUCUGACUUAGAAUAUGUGGACAACUACAAAUACCUAGGUGUCUGGUUAGACCGUAAACUCUCCUUCCAGAGUCACAUUAAGCAUCUCCAAUCCAAAGUUAAAUCUAGAAUCGGCUUCCUAUUUCGUAACAAUGCCUCCUUCACUCAUGCUGCCGAACAUGCCCUCGUAAAACUGACUAUCCUACCGAUCCUUGACUUCGGCGAUGUCAUUUACAAAAUAGCCUCCAACACUCUACUCAGCAAAUUGGAUGUAGUCUAUCACAGUGCCAUCUGUUUUGUCACCAAAGCCCCAUAUACUACCCACCAUUGUGACCUGUACGCUCUUGUUGGCUGGCCCUCACUACAUGUUCGUCGCCAAACUCACUGGCUCCAGGUCAUCUAUAAAUCACUGCUAGGCAAAUCCCUGCCUUAUCUUAGCUCAUUGGUCACCAUAGCAACACCCACCCGUAGUAUGCGCUCCAGCAGGUAUAUCUCACUGGUCAUCCCCAAAGCCAACACCUCCUUUGGCCGCCAUUCCUUCCAGUUCUCUGCUGCCAAUGACUGGAACGAACUGCAAAAAUCUCUGAAGCUGGAGACACUUAUCUCCCUCACUAACUUUAAGCAUCAGUUGUCAGAGCAGCUUACCGAUCACUGCACCUGUACACAGCCCAUCUGUAAUUAGCCCACCCAACUACCACAUCCCCAUAUUGUUAUUUAUUUUGCUCAUUUGCACCCCAGUAUCUCUAUUUGUACAUCAUCUUUUGCACAUCUACCACUCCAGUGUUAAUACUAAAUUGUAAUUAUUUUGCACUAUGGCCUAUUUAUUGCCUUACCUCCAUAACUUACUACAUUUGCACACACUGUAUAUAGAUUUUCUAUUGUGUUAUUGACUGUACGUUUUUGUUUAUUCCAUAUGUAACUCUGUGUUGUUGUUGUUUUUAUCGCACUGCUUUGCUUUAUCUUGGCCAGGUCGCAGUUGUAAAUGAGAACUUGUUCUCAACUGGCUUACCUGGUUAAAUAAAGGUGAAAAAAAGAAAAAAGAGAAAGGCUAAGGCCUCUGCACUGACCUACCUCUCCACUAGGGGGUGGUGUUGCACAUUUGUCCUUCCCCUGCUAGAGAGUAAACCGUCACAUGGCGUGCUAAGACCACAUUAGCCUCUGGGGCUAAUUACAUACAGUACCAGUCAAAAGUUUGGACACCUACUCAUUCCAGGGUUUUUCUUUAUUUUUACUAUUUUCUACAUUGUAGAAUAAUAGUUAAGACAUCACAACUAUGAAAUAACACAUAUGGAAUCACGUAGUAACCAAAAUAGUUUAAACAAAUCAAAAUAUAUUUUAUAUUUGAGAUUCUUCAAAGUAGCCACUCUUGAUGACAGCUUUACACACUCUUGGCAUUCUCUCAACCAGCUUCAUGAGGUAGUCACCUGGAUUGCAUUUCAAGUUAAUUUGUGGAAUUUCUUUCCUUCUUAAUGCGUUUGAGCCAAUCAGUUGUGUUGUGACAAGGUAGGGAUGGUAUACAGAAGAUAGCCCUAUUUGGUAAAAGACCAAGUCCAUAUUAUGGCAAGAACAGCUCAAAUAAGCAAAGAGAAACGACAGUCCAUCAUUACUUUAAGACAUGAAGGUCAGUCAAUUGGGAAAAUUUCAAAAACGUUUAAAGUUUCUUCAAGUGCAGUCGCAAAAACCAUCAAGCGCUAUGAUGAAACUGGCUCUCUUGAGGACCGCCACUGGAAGGAAGACCCAGUUACCUCUGCUGCAGAGGAUAAGUUCAUUAGAGUUACCAGCCUCAGAAAUUGCAGCCCAAAUAAAGGCUUCACAGAGUUCAAGUAACAUACACAUCUCAACAUCAACUGUUCAGAGGAGACUGUGUGAAUCAGGCCUUCAUGGUCGAAUUGCUGCAAAGAAUCCACUACUAAAGGACAUCAAUAAUAAGAAGAGACCUGCUUGGGCCAAGAAACACGAUCAAUGGACAUUAGAUCGGUGGAAAUCUGUCCUUUGAUCUGAUGAAUCCAAAUUUGAGAUUUUUGGUUCCAACCGCUGUCUUUGUGAGAUGCAGUAGGUGACCGGAUGAUCUCCGCAUGUGUGGUUCCCACUGUGAAGCAUGGAGGAGGAGUAGUGAUGGUGUGGGGGUGCUUUGCUGGUGACACUGUCUGUGAUUUAUUUAGAAUUCAAGGCACACUUAACCAGCAUGGCUACCACAGCAUUCUGCAGUGAUACACCAUCCCAUCUGGUUUGGGCUUAGUGGGACUAUCAUUUGUUUUUCAACAGGACAAUGACCCAACACACCUCCAGGCUGUGUAAUGGCUAUUUGACCAAGAAGGAGAGUGAUGGAGUGCUGCAUCAGAUGACCUGGCCUCCACAAUCACCCGACCUCAACCCAAUUGAGAUGGUUUGGGAUGAGUUUGACCGCAGAGUGUAGGAAAAGCAGCCAACAAGUGCUCAGCAUAUGUGGGGACUCCUUCAAGACUGUUGGAAAAGCAUUCCAGGUGAAGCUGGUUGAGAGAAUGCCAAGAGUGUGCAAAGCUGUCAUCAAGGCAAAGGGUGGCUACUUUGAAGAAUCUCAAAUAUAAAAUAUAUUUUGAUUUGUUUAACACUUUUUUGGUUACUACAUGAUUCCAUAUGGGUUAUUUCAUAGUUUUGAUGUCUUCACUAUUAUUCUACAAUGUAGAAAAUAGUAAAAAUAAAGAAUAACCCUUGAAUGAGUAGCUGUGUCCAAAGUUUUGACUGUUACUGUAAGUGUAUUUUCAACAGAGCUAGGAGACCACGGCAACUGAGGACAGGACACACAGUCGGGUCAAGAAUUACUCCAGAGGCCACACACAGAACAGAAAAGAACAGAAGCAGAACAGAACAGUUAGCAUUUAGAAUGUGCUGAGGGAUAUUGAAUAAAGCUUUGUUUAAAGUGUCAUGACACAUCUCUCAGCAGACACCCAAGCCAGACACCUCACAUCAGCCCAACCAUUCAUGUCAACUCUCAGUCAACAAUGUUGUUACUCAUUUGUUAGCUUUUUGUGUUGAUGAAUUCCUGUACGAUCAUAAAAAUGAUUAUUAUUUCAUGAUUACAUAAUCAGUUUAUCAUUAAUUACCUGUUUGUGUGACAAUUUUAGAGAAGUUGCACACAUUUGUUCUGUUUCUACAGUGUGACUGAACUGUAUACUGUAAUCUUGAGGAUAGUUUUCAAAUAUAUUGCAAUAGGUGGUUAGAUGAUUUUGAUGGUAAAGCCUGGUCUGAACAUGUCAUAUCUUCUGAUCCAUAGAUGUGGAGCCAGAGAGCAGCACCACUGUGACCUAUAACCCUGAGCAGCUCCCCCCAGAGAACUCCUCCUUCCUGGAGAGGAACUUUGUGUGUCGCUUCCGCUGCCUCCUGGACAACUCCUCUGGCUUCCUGGUAGGUUUUAUUGACACCCCAGCCCUCAGCUCGUCCGAACACCCCUCACCUCGUCCGAACACCCCUCACCCCGACCAAACACUACUCACCCCGACCGAAUUUCUCCAAUCUCCCACUAGUGUGUGUCUAUUAGUAUUUUAAGCUCACUCAGAGGAAUGCUCACACAUUGAGAUAGUGUGAUAGUGUGAUAUGUUAACGCAUUGAGAUAGUGUGAUAUGUUAAUACAUUGCGAUACAAUUUUAAUGGAUGAACAUGGAAAUCAGGUUCAAUUAAACAUGUUGUCGGAAAGACUUUGGACAGAUAAUCAAACACAUGGACAAUGGUAGAUGUAAAGAUACAUGUCUGAAACAAAUGUUUGCGUUCUCCCCCCCUGCCAGGCCCUGAGUCUGCAGGGCAGGCUGAAGUUCCUGCACGGUCAGAACCAGCGGCAGGAUAACGGGGACAAGGCGUCGCCCCAGCUGGCCCUGUUUGCCAUCGCUACGCCCCUCCAGCCCCCCGCCAUCCUGGAGAUCAGGACCAAGAACAUGAUCUUCAGAACCAAACACAAGCUGGACUUCACCCCCAUGGCCUGCGACGCAAAGUAUGCUCACUUUGACUUCCUCGUUAUCAUGAUGAUGUUGUUGUGGCAGUUGCAAUCAUCCAAAUAAAUAGACUACUAUACAAUAGUAUUGAAUAGACUCAUUUGUCAGUCAUAAUGCUAUUGUUAUGUAGUACUGGUUAUUAUAUUAUGUGGAAUAAUGUUUAUUGACAUUAUCCCUUUUGCAGGGGGAAAAUUGUGCUUGGGUAUACUGAAGCUGAACUUCGGGUGCGAGGCUCCGGGUAUCAGUUUAUCCAUGCGGCGGAUAUGUUGUACUGCGCUGAGAACCAUGUCCGAAGUAAGCCUCGCCUCCAUUAUGUCUACCUAAAAAUACAAACAUGGGAGUAUUUAUUUGGAUUGGGUUGAAUUGGUUCUGUCCUCAAACAUUGGUGAGGCCAGGUCUGACCAGGUCAAAGAUGGUGGUCACAGAGUUCACACAGCUUUCCCAAGUAAUCCCAGUGGAUUACGGAGCAGAUUGAGCCGCUAGAGGAUAGGCCACAGAUCCACUACAUGAGCAGAGCAGCAGCAAUAAUCCAUAUACACCAUUUACACAUCAUGAUAGUUUAAUAUACAGCUGCGGAAAAAAUUAAGAGACCACUGCAAAAUUAUCAUUUUCUCUGGUUUUACUAUUUAUAGGGUAUGUGUUUGGGUAAAAAUAACCUUUUUGUUUUAUUCUAUAAACUACUGACAACAUUUCUCCCAAAUUCCAAAUAAAAAUAUUGUCAUUUAGAGCAUUUAUUUGCAGAAAAUGACAACUGGUCAAAAUAACAAAAAUGAUGCAGUGUUGUCAGACCUUGAAUAAUGCAAAGAAAAUAAGUUAAUGUUCAUUUUUAAACAACACAAUACUAAUGGUUUAACUUAGGAAGAGUUCAGAAAUCAAUAUUUGGUGGAAUAACCCUGAUUUUCAAUCACAGCUUUCAUGCGUCUUGGCAUGCUUUCCACCAGUCUUUCACAUUGAUGUUGGGUGACUUUAUGCCACUCCUGGCGCAAAAAUUCAAGCAGCUCGGCUUUGUUUGAUGGCUUGUGACCAUCCAUCUUCCUCUUGAUCACAUCCCAGAAGUUUUCAAUGGGGUUCAGGUCUGGAGAUUGGGCUGGCCAUGACAGGGUCUUGAUCUGGUGGUCCUCCAUCCACACCUUGAUUGACCUGGCUGUGUGGCAUGGCACAUUGUCCUGCUGGAAAAACCAAUCCUCAGAGUUGGGGAACAAUGUCAGAGCAAAAGGAAGCAAGUUUUCUUCCAGGACAACCUUGUACGUGGCUUGGUUCAUGCGUCCUUCACAAAGACAAAUCUGCCCGAUUCCAGCCUUGCUGAAGCACCCCCAGAUCAUCACCGAUCCUCCACCAAAUUUCACAGUGGGUGCGAGACACUGUGGCAUGUAGGCCUCUCCAGGUCUCUGUCUAACCAUUAGACAACCAGGUGUUGAGCAAAGCUGAAAAUUGGACUCAGAGAAGAUGACCUUACUCCAGUCCUCUAUGGUCCAAUCCUUAUGGUCUUUUGCAAACCUCUUCUUUGCUUUACUCAAAGCCAGUGGCAUGUCGUUAGUAAAGAUUGAAAAAAGUAAGGGGCCUAAACAGCUGACCUGGUUAAUUCCUGAUUCUACCUGGAUUAUGUUGGAGAGGCUUCCAUUAAAGACACCCUCUGUGUUCUGUUAGACAGGUAACUUUUUAUCCACAAUAUAGCAGGGGGUGUAAAGCCAUAACACAAUACAGUUGAAGUUGGAAGUCUACAUACACUUAGGUUGGAGUCAUUAAAACUCGUUUUUCAACCACUCCAAAAAUGUCUUGUUAACAAACUAUAGUUUUGGCAAGUCGGUUAGGACAUCUACUUUGUGCAUGACAGAAGUUACACUAAGUUGACGGUGCCUUUAAACAGCUUGGAAAAUUCCAGAAAAUGUAAUGGCUUUAGAAGCUUCUGAUAGGCUAAUUGACAUCAUUUGAGUCAAUUGGAGGUGUACCUGUGGAUGUAUUUCAAGGCCAACCUUCAAACUCAGUGCCUCUUUGCUUGACAUCAUGGGAAAAUCAAAAUAAAUCAGCCAAGACCUCAGAAAAAAAAUUGUAGACCUCCACAAGUCUGGUUCAUCCUUGGGAGCAAUUUCCAAACGCCUGAAGGUACCACGUUCAUCUGUACAAACAGUAGUACGCAAGUAUAAACACCAUGGGACCACCCAGCCGUCAUACCGCUCAGGAAGGAGACGUGUUCUGUCUCCUAGAGAUGAACGUACAUUGGUGUGAAAAGUGCAAAUCAAUCCCAGAACAACAGCAAAGGACCUUGUUAAGAUGCUGGAGGAAACAGGUACAAAGGUAUCUAUAUCCACAGUCAAACGAGUCCUAUAUCGACAUAACCUGAAAGGCCGCUCAGCAAGGAAAAAGCCACUGCUCCAAAACCGCCAUUAAAAACCAGACUACGGUUUGCAACUGCACAUGGGGACAAAGAUCGUACUUUUUGGAGAAAUGUCCUCUGGUCUGAUGAAACAAAAAUAGAACUGUUUGGCCAUAAUGACCAUCGUUAUGUUUGGAGGAAAAAGGGGAAUGCUUGCAAGCCGAAGAACACCAUCCCAACCGUGAAGCACGGGGGUGGCAGCAUCAUGCUGUGGGGGUACUUUGCUGCAGGAGGGACUGGUGCACUUCACAAAAUAGAUGGCAUCAUGAGGAAGGAAGAUUAUGUGGAUAUAUUGAAGCAACAUCUCAAGACAUCAGUCAGGAAGUUAAAGCUUGGUCGCAAAUGGGUCUUCCAAAUGGACAAUGACCCCAAGCAUACUUCCAAAGUUGUGGCAAAAUGGCUUAAGGACAACAAAAUCAAGGUAUUGGAGUGGCCAUCGCAAAGCCCUGACCUCAAUCCUAUAGAAAAUGUGUGGGCAGAACUGAAAAAGCGUGUGCGAGCAAGGAGGCCUACAAACCUGACUCAGUUACACCAGCUAUGUCAGGAGGAAUGGGCCAAAAUUCACCCAACUUAUUGUGGGAAGCUUGUGGAAGGCUACCCGAAACAUUUGACCCAAGUUAAACAAUUUAAAGGCAAUGCUACCAAAUACUAAUUGAGUGUAUGUAAACUUCUGACCCACUGGGAAUGUGAUUAAAUAAAUAAAAGCUGAAAUAAAUCAUUCUCUCUACUAUUAUUCUGACAUUUCACAUUCUUAAAAUAAAGUGGUGAUCCUAACUGACCUAAAACAGGGAAUUUUUACUAGGAUUAAAAUCAAAUCAAAUUUUAUUUGUCACAUGCACGUGUUUAGCAGAUGUUAUAGCGGGUGUAGCGAAAUGCUUGUGCUUCUAGCUCCGACAGUGCAGUAAUAUCUAACAAGUAGUAUCUAACAAUUUCACAACAUUUACCUAAUACACACAAAACUAGUAUGGAAUGGGAUUUAAGAAUAUAUACAUAUAUGGACAAGCAAUGACAGAGCGGCAUGGACUAAGAUACAGUAGAAUAUUAUAGAAUAGAAUGCAGUAUAUACAUAUGAGAUGAGUAGUGCAAGAUAUGUAAACAUUAUUAAAGUGACUAGUGUUCCUUUUCUUAAAGUGACCAGUGAUUUCAAUAGGCAGCAGCAGCCUCUAAUGUGCUAGUGAUGGCUAUUUAACAGUCUGAUGGCCUUGAGAUACAGUGGGGGAAAAAAGUAUUUAGUCAGCCACCAAUUGUGCAAGUUCUCCCACUUAAAAAGAUGAGAGUGGCCUGUAAUUCUCAUCAUAGGUACACGUCAACUAUGACAGACAAAUUGAGGAAAAAAAAUCCAGAAAAUCACAUUGUAGGAUUUUUUAUGAAUUUAUUAGCAAAUUAUGGUGGAAAAUAAGUAUUUGGUCACCUACAAACAAGCAAGAUUUCUGGCUCUCACAGACCUGUAACUUCUUCUUUAAGAGGCUCCUCUGUCCUCCACUCGUUACCUGUAUUAAUGGCACCUGUUUGAACUUGUUAUCAGUAUAAAAGACACCUGUCCACAACCUCAAACAGUCACACUCCAAACUCCACUAUGGCCAAGACCAAAGAGCUGUAAAAUGACACCAGAAACAAAAUUGUAGACCUGCACCAGGCUGGGAAGACUGAAUCUGCAAUAGGUAAGCAGCUGGUUUGAAGAAAUCAACUGUGCGAGCAAUUAUUAGGAAAUGGAAGACAUACAAGACCACUGAUAAUCUCCCUCGGUCUGGGGCUCCACGCAAGAUCUCAACCCGUGGGGUCAAAAUGAUCACAAGAACGGUGAGCAAAAAUCCCAGAACCACACGGGGGGACCUAGUGAAUGACCUGCAGAGAGCUGGGACCAAAGUAACAAAGCCUACCAUCAGUAACACACUACGCCGCCGUGACUCAAAUCCUGCAGUCCCAGACGUGUCCCCCUGCUUAAGCCAGUACAUGUCCAGGCCAUUCUGAAGUUUGCUAGAGUGCAUUUGGAUGAUCCAGAAGAGGAUUGGGAGAAUGUCAUAUGGUCAGAUGAAACCAAAAUAUAACUUUUUGGUAAAAACUCAACUCAUCGUGUUUGGAGGACAAAGAAUGCUGAGUUGCAUCCAAAGAACACCAUACCUACUGUGAAGCAUGGGGGUGGAAACAUCAUGCUUUGGGGCUGUUUUUCUGCAAAGGGACCAGGACGACUGAUCCGUGUAAAGGAAAGAAUGAAUGGGGCCAUGUAUCGUGAGAUUUUGAGUGAAAACCUCCUACCAUCAGCAAGGGCAUUGAAGAUGAAACGUGGCUGGGUCUUUCAGCAUGACAAUGAUCCCAAACACACCGCCCGGGCAACGAAGGAGUGGCUUCAUAAGAAGCAUUUCAAGGUCCUGGAGUGGCCUAGCCAGUCUCCAGAUCUCAACCCCAUAGAAAAUCUUUGGAGGGAGUUGAAAGUCCUUGUUGCCCAGCGACAGCCCCAAAACAUCACUGCUCUAGAGGAGAUCUGCAUGGAAGAAUGGGCCAAAAUACCAGCAACAGUGUGUGAAAACCUUGUGAAGACUUACAGAAAACGUUUGACCUGUGUCAUUGCCGACAAAGGGUAUAUAACAAAGUAUUGAGAAACUUUUGUUAUUGACCAAAUACUUAUUUUCCACCAUAAUUUGCAAAUAAAUUCAUAAAAAAUCCUACAAUGUGAUUUUCUGGAUUUUUUUUCUCUCAUUUUGUCUGUCAUAGUUGACGUGGACCUAUGAUGAAAAGUACAGGCCUCUCUCAUCUUUUUAAGUGGGAGAACUUGCACAAUUGGUGGCUGACUAAAUACUUUUUUUCCCCACUGUAGAAGCUGUUUUUCAUUCUCUCUGUCCCAGCUUUGAUGCACCUGUACUGACCUCGCCUUCUGGAUGAUAGCGGGGUGAACAGGCAGUGGCUCGGGUGGUUGAUGUCCUUGAUGAUCUUUUUGGCCUUCCUGUGACAUCGGGUGCUGUAUGUGUCUUGGAGGGCGGGUAGUUUGCCCCCGGUAAUGCGUUCGGCAGACCGCACAACCCUCUGGAGAGCCCUGCAGUUGCGGACCCAGUUGCACUGGGCGGGGUUCAGACCCAGGGCCUCAAGCUUAAUGAUGAGCUUGGAGGGUACUAUGGUGUUGAAUGCUGAGCUAUAGUCAAUGAACAGCAUUCUUACAUAGGUAUUCCUCUUGUCCAGAUGGGCUAGGGCAGUGUGCAGUGUGAUGGCGAUUGCAUCGUCUGUGGAUCUAUGUCGUCUGUGGAUUAAAUGUCAGGAAUUGUGAAAAACUGAGUUUAAAUGUUUUUGGCUAAGGUGUAUGUAAACUUCUAACUUCAACUGUACCUCUCUGUUGAUAUCAGAUACAUUAUCAAGCAUUUCACACAUAUUAUCCAGACACUGACUGUUAGCACUUGGUGGUCUAUAGCAGCUUCCCACCAGAAUGGGCUUUAGGUGAGGCAAAUGAACCUGUAGCCAUAUUACUUCAACAGUAUUUAACAUGAGAUCCUCUCUAAGCUUUACAGGAAUGUGGUUCUGAAUAUAGAGCACAACACCACCCCCGUUGGCAUUUCUGUCUUUUCGGUAGAUGUUAUAACCAUGUAUUGCCUACCACUGUAUCAUCAAAGGUAUUAUCUUAGUGAGUUUUAGAUAUAGUCAGAAUAUGAAUGUAAAUCUGUUAUAAGCAUGUUAUUGACUUCAUGAACCUUGUUUCUUAGGCUACAAAUGUUAAUAUGGGCAUUUUCAGCACUUUUCUGGGUUGCUUGAUGGUUUAUAAUGCUUUACUGGGAAGCAUCAGAAGUAGACUUGCUCAUGUUAUUUAUAUUGGAGCUGAUAGUGCAGGGUGUGCUGUACACAGUGGACUUCCUACUAGGGCACAUCGCCUCAGUGUUAACAGUGUAACUCUGGUUCAUAGGCACAUGAUUACUGCAUUCAAUAGCAGUAGGAUCAACAGAGGUAUUCAGGGCAAUUAGGGGGACAUAAAUUAAGUUACUUACAUUGUGUCUGCCAACGCCCCUGGGAUAAUGAUGCAGCAUUAUGACGACUCGGUGUCACAAUGGUAGGGAUUAACUGAGCUGGUCUUGGGUCAUUGACAAGUCAUUGUCUCAACGCAGCCUUAAAAUGUGUGGACAGAGUCCAGGAGCCAAGAUGAUUUGGAUGGUCAUUCCUGUAGAGUAUCUUCUGUUUCCAGAAGGUGUCAACGUUAUCUAUAAAAGUGAUUCCAACAGAGCUACAGUAAUCUUUUAGCCAUAUGUGUGGCCUACCGCUUUGCGGCUGAGCCGUUGUUGCUCCUACAGUGCCUUGCAAAAGUAUUCAUCCCCCUUGGCAUUUUUCCAAUUUUUUUGCAUUACAACCUGUAAUUUAAAUGGAUUUUUAUUUGGAUUUCAUGUAAUGGACGUACACAAAAUAGUCCAAAUUGGUGAAGUGAAAUGAAAACAAUUACUUGAUUCAAAAAAUUCUAAAAAAUUAAUAAUGGAAAAGUGGUGCAUGCAUAUGUAUUCACCCCCUUUGCUAUGAAGCCCCUAAAUAAGAUCUAGUGCAACCAAUUACCAUCAGAAGUCACAUAAUUAGUUCAAUAAAGUCCACCUGUGUGCAAUCUAAGUGUCAGAUGAUCUCAGUAUAUAUAUACACCUGUUCUGAAAGGCCCCAGAGUCUGCAACACCACUAAGAAAGGGGCACCACCAAGCAAGCGGCACCAUGAAGACCAAGGAGCUCUCCAAACAGGUCAGGGAAAAAGUUGUGGAGAAGUAGAGAUCAGGGUUGGGUUAUAGAAAAAUAUCUGAAACUUUGAACAUCCCACGGAGCACCAUUAAAUCCAUAAUUAAAAAAUUGAAAGAAUAUGGCACCACAACAAACCUGCCAAGAGAGGGCCACCCACCAAAACUCACAGACCAGGCAAGGAGGGCAUUAAUCAGAGGGGCAACAAAGAGACUAAAGAUAACCCUGAAGGAGCUGCAAAGCUCCACAGCGGAGACUGGAGUAUCUGUCCAUAGGACCACUUUAAGCCGUACACUCCACAGAGCUGGGCUUUACGGAUGAGUGGCCAGAAAAAAGCCAUGGGAUGGCGCUAAAUACAGGGAAAUUCUUGAGGGAAACCUGUUUCAGUCUUCCAGAGAUUUGAGACUGAGACGGAGGUUCAACUUCCAGCAGGACAUUGACCUAAGCACACUGCUAAAGCAACACUCGAGUGGUUUAAGGGGAAACAUUUAAAUGUCUUGGAAUGGCCUAGUCAAAGCCCAGACCUCAAUCCAAUUGAGAAUCUGUGGUAUGACUUAAAGAUUGCUGUAGACCAGUGGAACCCAUCCAACUUGAAGGAGCUGGAGCAGUUUUGCCUUGAAGAAUGGGCAAACAUCCCAGUGGCUAGAUGUGCCAAGCUUUUAGAGAAAUACCCCAAGAGACUUGCAGCUGUAAUUGCUGCAAAAGGUGGCUCUACAAAAUAUUGACUUUGGGGGGGGGUGAAUAGUUAUGCACGCUCAAAUUUUCAGUUUUUUAGUCUAAUUUCUUGUUUGUUUCACCCCCAAAAAAUAUUUUGCAUCUUCAAAGUGGUAGGCAUGUUGUGUAAAUCAAAUGAUACAAAUCCCCCAAAAAUCCAUUUUAAUUCCAGGUUGUAAGGCAACAAAAUAGGAAAAAUGCCAAGGGGGGUGAAUACUUUCACAAGCCACUGUAUACGUUUCCACUUCACAAUAACAGCACUUCCAGUUGACCGGGGCAGCUCUAGCAGGGCAGAAAUGUGACGAACUGACUUGUUGGAAAGGUGGCAUCCUGUGACGGUGCCACAUUGAAAGUCACUGAGCUCUUAAGGAAGGCCAUUCUACUGUCUAUGGAGAUUGCAUGGUUGUGUACUCGAUUUUAUACACCUGUCAGCAACGGUGCGGGUGAAAUAGCCGAAUCCACUAAUUUGAAGAAGGGGUGUCCACAUACCUUUUGUAUAUAUAGUAUAGCUACCAACAUAGCCACACAAUGAAUAUUACAGGGUACAUCUAGUUACCCCCUCUGCGUAACGGAAUUUGCUCUAGAUUCUAGAUUGGUCCUCUGUAGCUCAACUGGUAGAGCACGGCGCUUGUAACGCCAAGGUAGUGGGUCCGAUCCCCGGGACCACCCAUACACAAAAAAAAAUGUAUGCACGCAUGACUGUAAGUCGCUUUGGAUAAAAGCGUCUGCUAAAUGGCAUAUUAUUAUUAUUAUUAUUAUUCUAGAUUCCUAGCUACCAUUGCCUUAUACUCCUUGACAGAGUCCAGGGUAACUAUUAAAGGAAAAAGGUAGCUAGCAAGAAAUGUUUGGUUUUUCAGAACAUCUUCAGAAAGUUGAACCAUGAACCUGAUUCCUAAUCUAUUGCACCCAUUGCCACAUCUGCCUACUAGUGCUGUAGCUUGAAUUGAAUGUCAUUUACCGUGUGAAUGUAUACCAUCCCAUCCUAAAUGACUGUGUCCUGUGGUUCCAGUGAUGAAGACAGGGGAGAGCGGACUGACCGUGUUCAGGCUUCUCACCAAGGACAACCUCUGGAAGUGGGUCCAGGCCAACGCCAGGCUGGUGUACAAGAACGGCAAACCAGACUACAUCAUCGCCACACAGAGGCCUCUGGUGUACGUGCACUCCCCUGGGCUCUGUCACACCAAACCCCACUGUCUGGGAACAGUCGUUUUCCUCACAGUCCUCAUAGCCGUAGGGCCACAGUUAUGACAUAGUUAUGACGCUGUUCUUCUGAUGUGAAUAAAACACCAGACAACACAGAUGGAGGAAGGGAUUAUGUGGUCCUCUGUAGUUCAGUUGGUAGAGCAUGGUCCUCUGUAGUUCAGUUGGUAGAGCAUGGUCCUCUGUAGCUCAGUUGGUAGAGCAUGGUCCUCUGUAGUUCAGUUGGUAGAGCAUGGUCCUCUGUAGUUCAGUUAGUAGAACAUGGUCCUCUGUAGUUCAGUUGGUAGAGCAUGGUCCUCUGUAGCUCAGUUGGUAGAGCAUGGUCCUCUGUAACUCAGUUGAUAUAGCAUGGUGCUUGUAAUGCCAGGGUAGUGGGUUUGAGACGGAGAUCUCACAGGUGCUGUUUGUUUUCUCUCCAUCUAGGGAGGAGGAAGGAGGCGAACACCUACGUAAACGUUCCAUGCACCUCCCCUUUACCUUCGCCACGGGAGAGGCCCUGCUCUACCAGUCCAACCAUCCAAUUGGACGCUUCAACCACGGCGCCCAGGGCUCCAAGAAGAACGGCAACAAGUCCAAGAAGGGCCGGUUUGAUAGGGCGUCCAGGGAUGGCAUGGACCCGGGCUCCCUCUUGGGGGCGCUGAUGAGUCAGGAUGAGUCUGUGUAUGUCUGCCAGCCGGCCCUGGAGCCCAAGCUGUCCUUCCACAGCAGUCUGUUCGGAGACCGGGUCGGCCUCUCUGACUCCGACCCCACCGCCCUACUCCAGGGCUGGGAUGAGUCGUCCAACGGAGUGGUGGGUCCGGGGCUUUCAGAGCCGGCGUCGAGCUUCGACCCUAUGCUGGCGACCCUGGACUCCCUGUCCCUGAGGGGUCUGUGGGGUGUGGUGGGUCGGGAUGGGGAUGGAGGCAAUGAGGAGAACUGUUCCAACGGGGAGCUGUUUGGGGCUCUGGAGGGCCUGGGGCUGAGCGCCGAGGACCUGGAGCUGCUGCUGCUAGACGAGAGGAUGAUCCGGGUGGAGAUGGACCCGGAGCGGGUUCCCACCCUGGAUGACCUGCUGACCAACGAUGAAAUACUCUCCUACAUCCACGACUCCCUGGAGGCAAAGACAGACGCGGCAGAGGACGGGGACCAGGUACCCUCCACUAUCCCAGCUACAACUGCCCCAAAAACCACCACAAAAACAACAAAGGCUCCUGUUGAAAGUAAUCCCACUUCUGCCAUCAAUGUGUACUCUCAGUACGUUCCCCAUAAGGCCCCCAUAGUUCAGCUCUCCCAGCAGAUGCAGCAGCACCUCAGCAUGCAGCCAGGGAGGACGGUCCAAGACUGGGCCCAGCAUAACAACCACUUGUCCCAUCCCCUGGUGAAUGGACUGCAGGGGCAGAGUCAGCCCAUACACAGCGGACAAUGGACAUCCCAGCACAUUCUAGCCAGUACAGGGGUCCCGGUUGACCACUGUCACAACCCCCAGACUCUGUUCAAUGGAAAGGCGUCAGAGCCGGACGGGGACCUUCACUGGCGGCAAGCCCAGCAACAUCAACACUACCUCCAGCAGCAGCAGGCCGGAGUCCAGAGCCAGCACCCUCUGUGCCAUGCCAAACAUCCAGGCGCUAAUCUCAACGGAGUGUGUGGCAUUCCAAACACACACACAGAGCAUCGCCCAGCUGGCAAACAGCAGUGGCAGGACUAUAGCUACUGCCACCCUGGGGAAACCACCCUGAACAGCAACCCCCCUGGGGAAACCACCCUGAACAGCAACCGCCCUGGGGAAACCACCCUGAACAGCAACCGCCCUGGGGAAACCACCCUGAACAGCAACCCCCCUGGGGAAACCACCCUGAACAGCAACCCCCAUGGGGAAACCACCCUGAACAGCAACCCCUGCCUUAACAAUGGCCACAUACCUCUCCUCACACACACCACCGUAGACGCUUGUAUGGUUGAUGUUCCCGGCAUGGAUUAUACCAUCAAUGGAGAUACGUAUGGGGGGAACGGGCAGCACCACGGGACAGAGGCUGCCGUUUCGUCCUACCAGAGGAUGGACAACAAGAAGCAGCAGCUACAGCAGGAGAAGUUGGCCCCUCCCUUGGCCCAGGUGCUGUCCAGCCUCUCGCAGUGCCCUCCGCCCUCCGCUACCAUAGAGCAGAUCCUUGGGGUUGGACACUCCUCACUGGAGGCCAACGGCAUGGUGACCUCUGACAUCCCUCACCACCCCAACCACAGUAAGGUGAGACCACAGUGAUUUUAUAUUCAUACAUUGAGGAUACAAAACAUUAAGAACACCUGCUCUUUCCAUGACAGACUGACCAGGUGAAUCCAGGUGAAAGCUAUGAUCCCUUAUUGAGGUCACUUGUUAAAUUCACUUAAAUCAGUGUAGAUGAAGGGGAGGAGACAGGUUAAAGAAGGAUUUUUAAACCUUGAGACAUGGAUUGUGUAUGUGUGCCAUUCAGAGGUUGAAUGGGCAGGACAAAAUAUUUAAGUGCGUUUGAACGGGGUAUGGUAGUAGGUGCCAGGCGCACCGGUUUGUGUCAAGAACUGCAACGUAGCUGGGUUUUUCACGCUCAACAGUUUCCUGUGUGUAUCAAGAAUGGUCCACCACCCAAAGGAUGUCCAGCCAACUUGACACAACUGUGGGAAGCAUUGGAGUCAACAUGGGCCAGCAUCCCUGUGGAACACUUUCGACACCUUGCAGAGUCCAUGUCCCGACAAAUUGAGGCUGUUCUGAGGACAAAAGGGGGGGUGCAACUCAAUAUUAGGAAGGUGUUCCUAAUGUUAUGUACACUCAGUGUAUUGUCUUCUAAUUGUAUUCCUUUGGGUGAGAGCUCCUAACAGUGGCAUUAUGUUAUGGAUAGGGAUUGGUUAAGUUUAGGGUUAAGGUUAGGUUAGGGCUGGUUUACGAUUAAUGGUAGGGUUAAGGUUAGGUUAGGGCUGGUUUAUGAUUAAUGGUAGGGUUAAGGUUAGGUUAGGGCUGGUUAGGGUUAAUGAUAGGGUUAAGGUUAGGGUAGGGCUGGUUUACGAUAAAUGGUAGGGUUAAGGUUUGGUUAGGACUGGCUGGUUUACGAUUAAUGGUAGGGUUAAGGUUAGGUUAGGGCUGGUUUACAAUGAAUGGUAGGGUUAAGGUUAGGGUAGGGCUUAUAAUUAAUGGACUUUUUUGUAGGGGUUGAUACAUUUUACGUAAGGGAAAAUCAAGUCUGAAAUGUCAAAAUGGAAAUUACAAACAUGACAAGCCUUUUUAAACCUCAAAUACACUACACGUUUUACAUUUCCUGCAUUGCAGGAAAGUUCUCCUGCAACAGGGUGAUCAGAUUAAGAUUCUACAUCUGUACACCUCUUCCCAAAACCUUCAUAUUGAUUUGAGGAACAGUGCAGGAUACAACAGAGCUGGGACAAUGGUCCCUAAUAGAGGGCCUCAGGGGACUUGCAAGCUGGACAGUGGAGGCCAAAGUUCUGAAUAAUCCCCCUAGUUGCUUUGCAUUGUUGGUUUUGUCUUCAGUGAACAUAAUGGAGUUGACGUAAAUGGCCACUCAUACAGUAAGACACAACACACAGUAGAAGCCCUCUAACUUCAACACAAUGAAAUCUGGUGCUAACUGUUCCUUGACAGAUUCCUACUUUCACUCCUCCUGUCAACAAUAACAUCAUGAUUCCUCCCCUCCUCUUCAUGAGUAUUCAACAAUAA